CCCGGUGUAAUCUUGUAAUCGUGAUACAGCGUUUGGGCCAUUACCUGUAAGCCAAUGCUUUUGUUUCCUUGGCUAGCCUCUCUGGAAGGUGUGCUGCAGUCGCCUAGGCCUCUAGAAAGAUCUCAAGGGUGAGGAAAGACUUUGCCACCGCCUGAACUUCUGUAGACCUUUCUCUCCAGGAAGAAUUUUGAUGUUCAUCAGAAACACCCUCAGAAGAUUCCAGACUCUGUAGAGGUGAAGCAAACCUGUAAGGGGCCAUCAUGGGAAUCCUGUAUUCGGAGCCUAUCUGCCAGGCAGCCUACCAGAAUGACUUGGGGCAAGUGUGGCGGUGGGUCAAAGAAGACAACCACUAUGUUGACAUCCAAGAUGGCUUCAAUGGAGAUACCCCCCUCAUCUGCGCCUGUAGGCGAGGGCACCUGAGAAUCGUUUCCUUCCUUUUAAAGAGAAAUGCCAAUGUCAACCUCAGAAACAAGAAAGAGAGAACCUGCUUGCACUAUGCUGUGAAGAAAAGAUUUACCUUCUUUGAUUAUCUACUCAUUGUUCUUUUAAUGCCUGUCCUACUUAUCGGGUAUUUCCUCAUGGUUUCAAAGACUAAGCAAAAUGAGAUGCUUGUACGGAUGCUCCUGGCUGCUGGUGUCGACAUCAAUGCUACAGACUGUUAUGGCUACACUGCCUUACAUUAUGCCUGCCAGAUGAAAAACCAGACACUUAUCCCUCUGCUCCUAGAAGCCAGGGCAGACCCCACCAUAAGGAAUAAGCAAGGCGAGAGCUCACUGGAUAUUGCACAGAAAUUAAAAUUCUCCCAGAUUGCAUUAAUGCUAAGGAAAGCAUCAUAAUUCUGUGAGCUCACAGUUGGUGACAAGGACACAGGUACAAAGCCGGAUGUUGUUUUCGUCAUGGACUUCUGGUCUAUGGGCCACUCAAGCUGGGAGCCUCCACUCCGGGGACAAUGAUGGCUGCCGUGGUGCAUGUUUUUAAGAAGCUUUGUAUUUAUGGUGUAUUUUAUUUAAUGGAGUUAACCAGCCAUGGUUGUGAUUCUUCUAGAGGAAAUAAUAUCUUUGUUGGAUCCCCCAUUUCAGGAAAAAUAAAUUGAAGUUUCAAACUUGGUGGCUUCUGAAGAAGCGGGUCAGUCUUCUGGGAUAGUGUUCUUGCUUCCCAGUAUGUCAUGCUUAUGAAAACAUGUCUCCCUUCACAUCCUAGGUGAGACUCUCUCACAGACCUUAUUCAGUACUGAGUGGAAGGGCCAAAAAAACACGCACAUUUGUAUAGCAUGAUAUAUGUUAUAUAUACAUAUGCAUAGAUAGAUAGAUAGAUAGAUAGAUAGAUAGAUAGAUAGAUAGAUAGAUAUUGGAGAGUGUAGGUGAGUACCUAGAGAUUUCACUGUAAAUAUUCCUUUGAAGAAACAUCUUCAAUAAAACAUUCAUCAGUUUUCAGUGGUAAUUGUGUGUACACCAUAGAAAUUGGCAAAUGUUACACAGCAGAAUUGUUUUUUUGUCAUUGUUUCCAGAGGGCUAAAUUCAGCAGUGUACAUUUAUACAUUUUGGCCUCACUUUAUAAAUAAAUAACAUUUUGAAUUGAG